UCUGGUUCUCUUUUCUGUGAAGGAAAACUUCCUGCAGCUCCCACAACAAAAGUGAAGCUGGCCUGGUGAUCUCAUAGGGAAAUAUUAUCAAAGAGUCAAAGGAUGUCCGUUACUGGAGUUCGGCUGACAGGACCUGGACUACAUUAGUGUAUAUUUCUCACUACUCAUCUCCAGGCAUUGGACCUUAGGCUACUGUGUACUUUAAUGACUAGGUAAUUAGUUUCUAAGUUGCUUUGUUUGGCUGUGCCACCACCCUCUCUGCAGAGGAAGUGGAUGGCUGCAUCAAGUCUAAACACACUUCCUGUGCUUGUUGUCUUGGGAGGACCUAUUAGGGGCAGUUAAGAAAGCAGCAGGAAAAUGAGCAUUGUCAGCCAGUCCAUUACAGAAGCAGCUAGUAGGAGGACCAUUGUCAGCCUGACUGAGAACCACUACCGUCAGAUCGAUGGUGCGAGCGGGGAGAAUGGAGUACUAUUGGAUAUGUCUGUGGAGUGUCUUGGGGGUAGGUCUGUGUGUUCCUGUUGCUGAACCCUAUACUCUUCAUCUGAAUCCUCUCAACUUUGACAAAGCUUCAGAAGCCUGUCUGCCCGGCAGUUUCCUAACUAAAGUGGCCAGUAUGGAGGAAGCCUCAAAGAUUUUGAAAGUAAUCUCGGACAUACCGUCCGCAGAACGUACAUUUCAGUUCUGGGUGGGCUUGAGGAAAGGAAAGUGGUCUUGCGUGAAACAUGACGCACCUCUGAAUGGUUUCAAGUGGACAGUGGAUAGCAGCAGUGACACAGAACUGGAUCAGUGGAAGUCUUUGCCCAAAAUAACCUGCACGGGUAUACAGUGUGUAUUUCUCUCUGGUGAGUUUAAUGGAACUGAGAUUGUGAACUGGGGGUUUGUUCCCAGUACCUGUAAGACAGAGCGUCCAUUCAUUUGCAAACAACGUUAUAGAGAGGAACCUAUUAUGAAGCAGUGUCCUACCCCACACAUACCUAAGGCACGAUCACUCAGGCCAGACCCAAAUGAUCCUCAUAAACUGAAUCUGGAUUGUUGGUCUGGGGAAAAUUUUGAACUGACUUGCUCUGCAAUGACUCUGAAAUGGGAACGUGUAGAUGGAUUGGCUAUAGAUGGAAUUUGUGCUUCAUGCGAAGCAGGUUAUAUCACAGAUGGGUCUGGAAACUGUGUGGACAUUGACGAAUGCAGAGAUCAGCCCUGUAAAGAUCAGUGUGUCAACACUGAGGGUUCUUUCCUCUGUAAAUGCUACAAUAAAAAUGGAAAUCUUCAAGAUGAGGGCUCAGUGGCAUGCAAUGAACUACCAGCAGCUACCAUUACUCCUGAAAGAAGUGACAAACAUUUGGUCCAAGACUAUACCCCAACUUCCAAGCCAGCAAUUCGGGAGAAGCCUUUUCUCACCUCUCUGCCGGACCAACCCACUCCAACUUCCCCUACAGAUGACGUUGAGAUAGUGGACAAGAGUGGAGACCAAGCCUACAUCUUCAUACCUGUGCUGAUAGCAGUGAUUGCCUUGGUCGUUCUGUUAGGCGUGGCGCUAUCUAUUGUUAAGUGCUGCCUCAGGAGGCGAUCACAGAAACUGGCCAUGAAAAAUGCUGAGAAAAUGGCAAUGAAGAGGGCGGAGUCCUCGAAGGAAAAAUACUCCCUGGAAAACCCAAAUGAGAAGGAGGCAACAUAAGCAGCAGGAGUGUGAAUGGAGGCCACAUCAAAGACUCAAGACAACCUGAAGGUUUUAACUGACAAUGUAUAAGAUUGAUUUUAGUCCACUCUCUCAUCACUACCUUACGUCAAUAAGCACUUGAAUAACACGUCUUUAUUGAAAUGAUUUUUCUCUGCAGUAGGUCACUUUACAGGCUUUGGAUAUUAUUAUUUUAUUUUGAGGAUUUGUAUGUGGGCUGAGGGCUCACAUUUCUUCAUAAUAUUUGCUAGGCCUUAAUGUUGUAUUUACUUAUUUUAUUGCUGUACUGUAUAUAUGUGGUGUGUAUAUAUAAUGCAUCGUGUAACAUAUGAAGAUGAAUUUGAUGCUUCAGUAUUUUGGAAGUUUAUAGUCCCGAUAUAAAGGAUCAUAGCCUCUGCACAUGAUGUAAAAUGUUCAGCCCGUAAACCUAGUUCUUUCUCGUUUCAAAAGAAAUACCCUAUCUUGUCAAUAUAUAAACUGUUUUUAAACGCAA